AUGGCAAAGUUGCGCAAGGAGAAGGCCGUGCUAGUGCAUGUGUAUGUAGAGAGGCCAAGGAAGAGAAGGUCAUCAUCGUCAUCAUCAUCAAAUAGUCAUCACCACCACCACCACCACCACUACGUACAUCAUAUCAUCAAACAAGAGUUAACACCACACAAGAAUGGCGAUUCUGGUAAAGGAUACAGUAGGAGGGCUGAGCUUCUUCACUACUCUCAACGCCUUCGAGAGUCUGCUCGAUCAGCAACAUCCUCUCCCUUGGUACCGAAGCCAGUUUCUUCCAACGACAACCACCACCACCAACCAGCAGCAAAUGUAAUGGACUAG